UAAUUAUGAUUUGUGGCCCGGAGGAACCAUUCCAUACGUAAUUGACAAAGAACUGCUUUCAGUUGGUUACAAAAAAUUUAGACGAUUAAUAAAGAAAAGUAUGAGGUAUUUCAAAGUAAAAACUUGUAUUCGAUUUAUUUGGAGAACCAAUGAAAAAGAUUACGUAAAAAUUUUUAAAGGUCCUGGCUGUUUUUCACAUGUCGGUCGAAAGAAAGGAGAACAAUUGUUAUCACUGGCAAAAGGUUGCUGGAACUAUGGAAGCAUAGAACACGAAUUGAAUCACGCUGUUGGCUUCUACCACGAGCAGAAUCGACCCGACAGAGAUGUAUACAUAAAAGUAUUUUGGGAGAAUAUAAAACCAAAUGAGACAUGGAAUUUCCUUAAGUUACCGACAAGUCAAAUUAGAAUAUUUAAUGGAUUUGAUUAUAAUUCCGUUAUGCUCUAUGGAGAAACAUACUUCUCAAAGGACGGGCGCAGCAAAACUAUGGAAGCAUUACAACAGGGUGUGAGCCUCAUUGACAUCAGCAGUAAACCAGGGUUGAGCGAAAGUGAUAUAUUUCGUAUAAAUACUUUAUAUAACUGUAGUAAUCACAAGUGA